AUGGACAAGGUCACCAAGGGCCCAGACACCAAGGACCCCCUAAACACCACCCAGACUGUGGAAUCUGUCACCAACCACCUGUCUCCCUCCAAUAAGGAGAUCAUCACAGUCACUCUCCAUGGGGCCACCAACCUCCCUGCUUGCAAGGAUGGCUCUGAGCCGUGGCCUUACGUGAUAGUGAAAACCACAUCUGAGGGAGCAAAGAACCAGAACUCCAAGGCAGUCACAUCUGUGACCUCAGAGCCCACCAAAGCCCCCAUGUGGGGGGAGACAGUCCAAGUGGAGAUCCAAGCUGAGGACGCAGGGCGAGAAGACGUAGCCCUCAAGGUGGUGGACAACAACAAAAAUGAGGAGCUCUUGUCCUAUCAAAUCCCCAUCAAGUACCUGCGUGUCUUCCACCCCUACCACUUUGAACUGGUAGAGCCCACUGAGACUGGGAAAGCUGAUGAAGCCACUGCCAAGACCCAACUGUACGCAACAGUUGUCCGGAAGGGCAGCUUCAUCCCCCGCUGCAUCGGCUGUAACCACACAGCUCUGGAGGUCUUUCUUCGGGGGAUCAACGAGCCCCUAGUCAACAACUCCAGCCCCAUGGUGGUCAUUGCCCGGGUGGUUCCCAACUGGAGGGAGUUUAAGGUCAGUCAGAUGAACCAGGACCCAGCCUCCCUAGGGCUGCCCAUCACCCCACUUUCCUUCCCUAUCCCAUCCGUGAUCAACUUCGAUGUUCCUCAGGUCACCCAGAACGGGUGCCCUCAGCUGUCCAAGUCCGGGGGAUCCCCGGAGCUGCCCCUGUGGAAUCAGUCCUUCCUCUUCCAAGGCCGAGAUGGAGCCACCAACUUCUCAGAAGACACCGCCCUGGUGCUGGAGUACUACCCCUUAACUUCAAUGAAAGCUGGUGAGUCAUGGACCCUCAGCAAGCCCCUGGGUGUCUCCGUGUUGCCACUGAAGAGCCAUUUGUACCACGAGAUGCUGACAGGGAAAGGCCUGAAUGGAUUACGAGUAGAGAAGCUCCCCAUCACCGACACCAAGCUGAAGACCAUAACCGGUGAGGCCCCCACAGUGGAUCUCUCCUUUCAGCUGCUUUCUUCCGAGAGGCCAGAAAACUUCUUAACACCAAACAACAGCAAGGUUCUGCCCAUCCUGCACCCUCAGAUCUUAGAUGAGAAGCUGAGUUCUAACCGUGAGUCCAGGUCCAAGGCCACAGUGAGCCCCAGGAUGAACUCCAGCACAUCCACCUGUCAGGAAGAAGAGGAAGAGCCUCGGAGGCCUCUGAUGUCCCAUGAAACGGAGAUAAACAACUACCGGCGGGCCAUGGAGACGAUGGCUGAGGACAUCCUGUUGCUGCGGAAACAGGCCAGUGUCCUGAAGGCAGAGAACCGCCUACUGAGGAGCCACCUGACCCAGGAGGAGAUGGAGGAGGAGCAGGACAUUGCUGACCAGACCCAGACACUGGGAUCCAUGCAACAGAAACUGCUGCUGAGUGAGCUGGACAUGAAGAAACUGAAGGGCAAAGUGCAGCAUCUACAGAAUGAGCUGAUUCGAAAGAAUGAUCGAGAGAAGGAGCUUCUUCUCUGGUACCAGGCUCAGCAGCCACAGGCUGCAUUGCUGAAGCGGCACCAGGACAAGCUGCGGAAGGUGACAGCGCUGGAGGAGACCGUGCGGCACCAGGAGAAGGUGAUUGAGAAGAUGGAGCGGGUGCUGGAGGACAAGCUUCAGGAGAGGAAUGCGCCCCCACCCAACAGGCUGCCAGGGAAGCCCAGCAGGGGAUUUCACCUGCUGGGGACUUCCCCGGGCCCCACAGGAGAGAACCUGCCUGCUGACCAGUACACAGCACUGCUGGCAGAGAACUCAAGGCUGCGGGCCGAGCUGGAUAAGAGCCGCCACCGGUCAGCGCCCAACAUUCAGCAGCAGCAGGCCCUGCCGGAUCACCUGGACGACACUUCAGACAAGUUUAACCUCCUGGCCAAGCUGGAACGAGCUCAGAGCCGGAUCCUGUCCCUGGAAAGACAGUUAGAGGACUCGGCUCGACGCUGGGGACGAGAGAAGCAGAACUUGGUCACACGGCUGCAGGAGCAAGAGCACGGCUUGGCUCACCCCUCAGACUCCACGGUCACAGACCUGCCAAAUCCCUCAACUAAUGCCAAAGACCACAGGGAAGCUUCAGAACCGGACCCCUUGAUGCCCAGCUCAGAAACUAAGUUCAUCAAGCCCUCAAACUCCCAGCAGACCUGA